AUGCACAACUCCAUCGCUACCUCUCCGCGAGUGUGGAGAGUGGAGAUCCAGGCCGGCGGUUUUAGCAAGUGUGAAGAUGGUAGAGGAAAUCGUAUAACACCACCAACGUAUGUUCCGCUCCGGCGUAAAAUGUUUACUUUCAACCAUCUUGACAUUGCGCAAGUCUUCAAGCAGAGGUGCUUGGGACUUGAAAAGGCACUGCAAGCGAGGAGGUUCCAAAAACAACAAUGUAUUUACAGAGCAAUGUUUCAACCCAACAAGAUCUGUCCAACUUCAAUAAGUAAGGUUCACCAAAAGUCAAGCAAAUCUGCUGGAAAAAAGAUGUCACCACCAUCAAAUCAUCCUCCUCAAAUUACUGAAAUUGGAUUAAUAUGUCAAAAGAUCAGAUACCCACAAAAACAUGUGUAUCAACAAGGACACCCCAAACCUGUUCACGCGUACAAAACAACCAUCAAGAACAAAAUCUUCACUUUCAAUUUGCCGAGUAUGACAUAUGAAAGUAUUCUUCGAGAUAACAGACGAUUCUUGACACCGUACGAGCAGAUUGAAAUUAAAGAAUACAGAAAAGUCUGGUACGUAGGAAAAAAGGACAGUAAAAAUCGGACACAAACCACAACUGAGGAGGUCAAGUCAUUUGAUGAUGAACAGGGAUUUUACAAAUCAAGGAUUGGCGACCACCUGGCUUACCGCUUUGAAAUAUUGAGGGUGAUUGGAUCAGGAUUUGCUGGAAAAGUCCUCAAGUGUAAGGACCACAAGACAACAAUGCUGGUUGCAGUCAAGGUUUUUCGAAACACAACCGAGGGUCAUGGGUUUGCGGAGGCAGAACUAAAAGUUUUAAAGACCCUGCAAAAGUUAGACAAGAGCAACAAAGCCAAUCUAGUUCACAUGAAGGAGUACUUUUACUUCCGCAGCCAUCUGUGCAUCACAUUUGACCUCUUUGAAAAGGACCUCUUUAAAGCCUUAAUGCAGAGCAAGAUGCGACGACUCCAUGAUGGGGACAUUAGAAAAUAUGCCACCGAUGUGCUUAAGUGUCUUCAAGUACUCAAAGGCAUGAAGAUUGUUCAUGGUGAUCUGAAACCGGAAAACAUUCUAUUAGACAAGGAAAACAAUGCUGCAGUGAGCGAUUUUGGAGGCUGCAUUUUUUUGAAAGACAAUGACAGACCGACCAUUUACACUCUGCCGUACAUGUCUCCAGAGCUGCUUCUCGGCAAAAUUUCUACCCCAGCGACCGACAUGUGGAGCCUAGGCUGUAUGUUGGCUGAACUCGACAGAGGCUACGCUCUCUUUAGUGGCCAUACCAAAGCAGAUAUGUUCUACUCUAUCACAAGAGUGCUUGGCCUCCCACCAAUGGAAAUGCAGAUGGAAGCAAAUGAAAAAAAAUUCCGCAUGGGUGGUCCGGACGUUGAAUCCACCAAACAACAAAAAUCACUGACCAUGAGGAUAAGGUCAAGCAAUCCAAAGUUUCUGGAUUUCAUUUCAACCUGCUUAGAAUAUGAUACAAAGAAGCGUCUCACUCCAGAACAAGCUUUGCGUCAUCCAUGGAUCCUAAACGCAGAUGUGUCCAAACCAAUGAAGACGGCAAUUAAAACGAGUGUCAAAGCAGCCAAAACCAGCUUGCUGAAGAGAGACAAAAUUGCACCACCACUGUUACAGCCAUUGGUACCACAUAAACAGUAACUCCUGAACUCUUGUACACUGGGGUGCAUGUAUAUAUAAAAACUACAUGCAUAUAUAAAAUUGUAGAGAUAGGGAGGAAAUAACAACAGGAGGCCUAAGCAUCCAUAACUAGUUUGCAAAGGCAUGACUCAAAACUCCCAAGGCUCUACAGACCUGCAUAAGGUUUCCCUGAACUGAGUAAGAGAAUGCUCAGUGCCCGAAAAAUGGAUACUAGAGAGCAUGGCAUCAUGCGGGCACACA